AUGGGCUCAAGCAGUUGCGCUGUUGUUUGCGAAGAGGGUGUCCAACCAUUGUAUAAGUCUAGCUCUAAUAUACAUACUUCGGUUUCUAUGCACUCGGGUAGCUACAGUGUCUGCAACGAGCUGCCUGCACAGCCUGCUAACUUCCCUAGCGACAACGAGACUGCGAAUCCACCACUGACAAGGACUGCACGAUCUGCUUCCCGACAAAGCAUGCGAACAUGCUCCUCUACUGCUAUUAACGACCUCUACAAUCACGAGAAUCCUCAGAGUUUCCGGAUGUCCAGCGUGAGCCUGAAAGCACCAAGUAUUUCGUCCUUGAGAACUGCUCAAUCCACCUCGCGGCAGAGAAUACCCUCAAGCGCUUCCGAUGUUGCUUACGACGAACGUCCUACGAUGCUUUGCGCAUCUGAGGCUAGUCUUCACUCAUCCAACACUAAACUGCCAAGAAGUAGUCCGUUUACUUCCCAACAAAGACUUCUUGCGGAUGGACCACUGGUUGAGGCUUCCAGUGCUGCACUUCACGCAUCUACCCCUAUGCUGACGACAGCGCUGCCGAUUUCCCAGGAAGACUUGGAUGGUGAUCUUCCCGUUAGUACGAGUCCUACAUCGGAAGUGAUCAUCCCGGCAAAUGAAUCUCUUGGAAAUCCCCCACUGAGAAUAAGCAUGGUAUGA